GUGCCUCUCCGUGGAAUCCUUUCCAGCAUCUACAGCUGGGGCUGCCCACUUUUCAAAUCCCUUAGUUAAAGUCCGGGUGGGGGAGGGGAGAAGCCAAAUUUACCAGGAGGCUCAUCCCCGGCGCCUGGUUAGGCAAAUGUUUCACCUGCUGGGCCAAUUAGCUUCCUCUCCCAGAAGGACUAGUUCAACAGGUUUCCUCUUUCUCGGCCUCGGCCUCCUGGGUUGGGGAAGGAGGCUGUCACUUCGCUUCGACCCUCCCCUUCCCUCCCUCCCGGCUCGGCCCCCCUGGCUCGGACCAAUCGCGCCGGCUCGAACUUGUCCAGGUUGGCGGCCCCCGGCGCGGGCGGCCCGGAUGCGCCAAGCGGCCCUGGGCAAAGGGAGGGCGCGGUGGGCUCACUGGGCCGGCGCCCUGGACGGUGGGAGCCGGGGAGCGGCAGGAGGAGGAAGAGACCUUGGGGAGGUGGCCUCCAGACGCGGCCCUGAUGACUGAACUACAGCAAGAUGUGGACGACACCAAGCCUGCCAAAGUGCUCGGGAAGAGAGAGGGCAAAGUUGGCUCAGCCCACUCAGAGGCUGAGAACGGUGUGGAGGAGAAAAAGAAGGUCUGCAGGUCGCCAACAGCCCUGUCCCCUGCCCCGUCCAGCGAGGCCGAGUCUCCAGACCAGAAGAGAAUCAUUUCCCUGCGGUCCAAAUCCAGCUUUGACGGUGCCUCUUUAGCAAGCGAGAAGAACGACUGUAAGACAGAAAGCAAGAAUGACGCGAAGAUUGAAAGGAAAAAGUCCUCCUCAUCCAGCCAGGACAAAGCCAACAUGCAUUUCCACAAGCUGUUUCUGGAUGUCCCCACGGAGGAACCCCUGAAGCAAAGUUUUACCUGUGCCCUGCAAAAAGAGAUAUUAUACCAGGGGAAGCUCUUUGUAUCAGACAACUGGAUUUGUUUUCAUUCCAAGGUCUUUGGAAAAGACACUAAGAUCUCGAUUCCAGCUUUCUCGGUAACCCUGAUAAAGAAAACCAAAACUGCCCUUCUGGUGCCAAAUGCCCUGAUUAUAGCGACGGUCACAGACAGGUACAUAUUUGUCUCCUUACUCUCCAGAGAUUCAACUUACAAACUGCUAAAAUCUGUGUGUGGACACUUAGAAAAUGCAAGUAUUGGCAACAGCCCCAAUCCGUCUUCCCUUGAAAACAGUUUCCGGGCAGACCGCCCUUCAUCUCUGCCUCUGGAUUUCAACGAUGAAUUCUCGGAUCUGGAUGGAGUGGUUCGGCAAAGAAGACAGGACAUGGAGGGAUACAGCAGUUCUGGAUCUCAGACUCCUGAAUCUGAGAACUCUCGAGAUUUCCAUGUGACAGAAUCCCAGACAGUUCUCAACGUGUCCAAGGGAGAAGCAAAACCAACUCGGACAGAUGCCCUCGUGAACAGAGUGCCUGAAGGCAAAGCCAAGAGUCUUCCCACACAUGGUCAGUCGGAACUCAGUGGAAUUGUACACAGAGUAAAGUCUCAGAAAUGUCCAACUCUCCACCAGAUUCUUAUAUUCUAUGCAAUUGUUGUCUGCGCACUAAUCAUCUCGACCUUCUACAUGAGAUACAGAAUUAAUACGCUGGAGGAGCAGCUGGGGUCACUCACCUCCACUGUGGACACCCACCAGCCCGAACAGCCAGCCCCCUCCGGCCUGGGAUCACAAGUGCAGUUAAACGUGGAAGUCCUCUGCCAAGAGCUUACAGCCAACAUAAUGAGAUUGGAAAAGAUACAAAACAACUUACAAAAGCUGCUCGAGAAUGGUGACUGACCGCCCAGAUGGCUUGGGCCAAUGGAAUACCUCGCACUUUCCCUUUGAAGUAGGUGCUCCCCGAGGCGUUCUGAUGGAGCGCCCCCUUCUGGCCAGAAGAGCGAGUGGACGGGCGUCCCCCAGCCUCGCUUGCCCCUGGUGGUCUCCGGCUCAGCAAAGCGGAAAGGGAAUAAUUUUGGCUCCCGUGCAAUAAAAGUGGACCUUCACUCUCUGAGGAAGUUUUCAAUGCUGCUGCCUGAAGAAAACAGACCCAUCUCUGGAGGUCUCAGGAAGGGCCCAGUGGACCUUCUUGGAUGGUUGUGAUUUAGCAGGUUCAUGUGACUGUCAGCAAACACACUCCACUCCAUGCCUUUUCAGCCCUCCCUGCCCUCCUUUGCUCUCCUGUACACCCCUGCAAACUAAGGGAUGGAUAUAUCAUGUGCCAACAAACUUGAUUGAUGGAGUUCUUUAAAGAAUUAGCCAUGGCUCUCCAAAAAGGAAAAGGAAAAAAAAAACAAAAAACGGACAGACUUGCUUUAAACAAAUAACAUUUUAGUCUGUGUUUCUUCUGUUCAUGUGUUCUGGUUUAAGUCACCUGUGUAUAUUAACUUCUCGGUGGAGUAUUGGCAAGAUUAUCAGACAAAACAGCUUAAACUAUCCCAUUUUGUGUUCUGUUCCUCUAGCUAAUAACUUAAUAGAACUGAUUCUCACCCAGCCCAGGUCAAGAAUCUGUGAGACGUGAAACUGAAGUACUAAUUCAACUUACUUUGAAACCAAAACUAAUGUUUAAACCAAAAAGCAUAAUAGUGAUUUUGAUGCAAGAUGAAAAACUGCAUUUUAAAAAUUGUAGGUGGACUGUUUUCAUUUCGAAGCAGAAUGUCUGUAGUGAAUGCUGAAACCCAUUUCAGGAUGAUGAUAGCAUGCUUUUCUCUUUUGCUGACUAAAAUAUAUAUGGUGGUUUGCUAACUUCUAUUGACCAUAUGGGUUGGCUGGUUUUUAUUAAUAAUUAUUUAGGUACCCUAAGAUCUAUAAUAUAAAAGAUAUUCUGUUUAUCUACAAUGCAUUUUAUAAUCAUUUCUAUGAAAUGUAUUUUGUUUAAUCUAAUAAGCUAAUAAGUGAAUUGGUUACAUCAUUUGUAUUUGUUAGCCUACCAGACAAGAAUCGUGCCUGGUGUACCCCUGGCUUUUAAUAAAUACUCAUUGGUUAAAAAUGUCCUGCUAA